AUGAAUAACAGCACUCUAGAGACUGAUGGCAUUAGUGCUCUUGGCUUGAGCCAAACCAACACGAGCUGUAUUAAGAGUGAUGGCUUCAAGUACAUCCUGUACAUCUCGGUUUUCAGCCUGGUCUUCAUAGUCGGGCUGCUCUUCAACAUGGCUGCCAUGUACAUCUUCGCCUGCACACUGAAGUUGCGCAACGAGACCACCACCUACAUGAUGAACCUGGUGGUGUCCGACCUGCUCUUUGUCCUCACCCUGCCCUUCAGGAUCUUCUACUUUAUCAACCAGGAUUGGCCGUUCGGCAGGGGGCUCUGCCAGCUUUCUGUCUCCCUAUUCUACACCAACAUGUACGGCAGCAUUCUCUUCCUCACUUGCAUCAGUGUGGACCGCUUCCUGGCCAUCGUCCACCCAUUCCGAUCACAGGCGUUGCGGACGAAACGGAACGCCAAGCUGGCCUGCUGCGCUGUGUGGGUGUUGGUGCUGUCUGGCAGCCUUCCGACAGGCUUCCUCCUCGACACCACCUCGCUCAGGAACGAAAACUCCUCUGUCAACUACUGCUUUGAGAACUUCUCCAACAAGCAGUGGAAGUCCAGUCUGUCCAAGGUGGUGGUGUUUAUUGAGACGGUGGGAUUCCUGAUUCCAUUGUUAGUCAACAUCUUCUGCUCCGUUUCGGUCCUCCAGACACUGCGCCAGCCCCAGGCCAUCAGCCGCGGGGGCCAGCUCAACAAGAGCAACAUCCUGAGGAUGAUCGUGGUCCAUCUCCUCAUCUUCUGCUUCUGCUUCAUCCCCUACAAUGUCAACCUGGUGUUCUAUGCCCUGGUCCGCACCAAGCUGCUGAAGGGCUGCGUUGUGGAGUCGGUGGUGAGGACCAUCUACCCCAUCGCGCUCUGCAUUGCGGUCACCAACUGCUGUUUCGACCCCGUCAUCUACUACUUCACCUCCGAGACCAUCCAGAACUCCAUCAAACGUAAGUCUAUGGCAAUUCGCAACAAGAAUAAGCUGGGCAAGGGUCUUCAGACAGACACGCUGCAGAGCCAGAGCAUCAUGCAGAACAACCUGAGGACUCUGAGCGACAAAGUAUUUUACAACGAGUCCACUGUGUGACGUCAUCACCCACGAGCCACCUUGAUGAGGCAUCAGUGCGAUAUUUGACAUCAAUAUUUCAGUGAGCCAAUAUUUGGUGCAACACGCCCAGAUGAUCGGAGCUAACAGAUGGGAGAUGAGUGGUCUUGAGUGGAUUCUAUAGGAACCAUAGCAUCACAGGAACAAAGUGAGCAAACCCUAAAGUGCAGUUGCAUUAAGGGUACCAUCCAGUGACUCAGCUCUGAGUGUUGUCGUGUUAAAGGGAUACUUUGGAAUUUUGGCUAGCAUGCUAGCAGAAACCCAUAGACUUCCAGUCAUUGUGCAAAUGCUAGUUAGCACUGGCUCGCGAAACUACCUCUUACUUCCUUCAUACUGGACACAGAAACAUAAAAAAUGGUAUCCACAAGUUCAUCUGACUCUGGGGAAGUAGAUAAAAGGGCCUCAUUGCCAAAAUGAGGGGAGAAACCCUGGAGCGUGGUGCUACGGAUUUAGAAAAAAAUGUAUAAAAAAAAGUGUGAACAUUUACCCACAACACACUUUGUGACUUGUCAAACAGUGACUGGGGUCUCUAAAUGUUGUUUGAUUGAAAAACGUUUGAUACCAGGCAGUUGUCAAACAGUGUUUUACCUGUGACUAAGUACAGUAGAUUAAAAACUAAAAUGAUGAAAUAGCACUAUAGUGCAAGACAUUUGACUUGCAACCUAUUUCUCCCAAUAGUGAUGGUGCCUUGAAUGAAUAAAAAGUAAGCAAGCAAGUUCUCAUCUGUUUUGUUAAGUCACUAUGAAGAGAUGGCGGUAAAUGUAUGAUAUUACCCAGGUUUACCUUUGCACGCCACAUAUUGAUUUGUGGGUAAUAAACAGAGUGAGAUAUUUAGAGCAUUUUACAAACGUAGGUGGUUAUCAGUCUUUCAGAUGUAUGACAUUGCCUCACUAGCGUAGCAAUAAUACCUUCUACCUUGCUCACAUGAAUCAAACAACUUAAAACAACAAAUAGCUAGCGCACACAGAACCCACCUCAAACCAUUGCCAAGCAUGACAAAGGACGUCUGGCUAGCUUAUGAUAACGGGUUGAAUCAUUAUUUUAAGGAGUGGCACACCAUAACCAAUGUCGCCUUAGAGACCAUAACAAUGAUUAAGAGUGUGAAACAAAAACAGAGUAAGAAAGUGGAUUUAAGCCUGAUCUAAGAUCACUGGUUGGUUAUUUUACAUAGAAAACCCCCAAAGUUAAACCAAAGAGAAAAGGCUAUGAACACAUUCUGGCCCUGUUAAGCAACAUAGAAUACCAGACUAUCAUAUCCGAGGGCUAUAACCUGAAGAAAACUGCUCUUCAACAGCAUCAGCCAUGUGGGAAAUGUGAGAAACAUCUGGGCUGUUAUACAGCCAGAGGGCAGAGGCAUAGCUACCAGUGGUGGGUGGGUGGCCAAAAUGUACAACAAAGUAAAAAAGUCAACAAAUAACUAAAUCAACACUGAAGGAUUAUGGGAAAGAAAAACUGCUCAAUGCUAAGUAUUUCAGGCCAUCAACAUAUUAUUCAUAGAUUGGGCAUUUCAUAUCAGGGUUUCUUGUCAACGCCAUGUAAGAAGGUGAUACAUUUGAGCAAUCUAUGGCUUUACUAUGAGAAGAACAUUCCCAUUCUCUCAGCUGACAGACACACUGCUCUUCUUCACUACUCACUCAUCUGAUGGGAAGGAUUGUGAAACCAAAGCAGUCGAGUGAGCACACGCUUUUGUGGGGAAAGUGUGCAGAUUGUUGGGCUUUGGCACCAAUCCUCAAACAUACAAGAGGUGAUGUGAACACAAAACAAGCCAAACAGGCCUAAACAUCCAUAAACACUGGAAGAGUGAUGUUGUUUCUGUCAGUUACAGUACUCAGCAUACAGCCUAAUUAAAAACACUGACACUACAUAAAAUGUGUAAAUGUAUAGAAGACAACAGGCACCAGAGGAAAACUGUCUUAUGUGGAGACUUAACUAGCAGCUCCAGGAUAUUGCCUUGCUUCAAUUAUAAUGCCAUACCAGUUAACUGGUCAAUGAGAUGCAUUGAGAGGGUUGUCUGGGAGUUGGGACAGUGACGGUGAGGUUAAACACCACUAUUGAUUCAGUGUAACCAGAGGACAGAAUGUGUGUGUGUGUGUGUGUGUGUGUGUCGGAGAGAGAUUGUAUAAAGGUGUCCGAACGUAGGAGUAAACUGAAAUGGUUAUCUUAGACCCUUCAUUUCAAAUGGACCAAGAACACAGCCAAAUCAAACCGAGCACCAUUUCAGUAGAGGACUGAGGCUGGACACCAAAAUACGAUAUUUCCUUUGAAAACGACUUACCGUGGAGUAAGAGAAUCUUGGAUUAUCACAAUCUUUCCAAAACAUAAGUGAAUGUCUUCAUGUACUCAAUAACCAGCUUGCACUCAAAAUAUGACACUUUACACACACAAUUCUUAUAGCCUCAAAAGAUGGGAAAAUCUGAAGUGUCAUUUAAGACAGUUUUGUGCAUGGGUUUUACAGAAAUAUCCUUGUUUCUGAGUCUCAAAUCCCUGAAGAAACUAUUAAGAUAUUGUGCAGCUAAGAAUAUUAGGCUAUAGAUGUUCUAGUCUAUAGAGAUUGUAAGAGUUCAUUUUCCAAGGAACUAGGAAGGAGAGACACUAAGGAAAAAGGCUUGUUCUCCAGGGUAACACUAAGUGCAUCAAGUCUGGGGAUUUCUAAAUAUUUUCUCUGCCUGGAGCAUGUGCUUGAGUUUCUCUGAAAGACACACACACUACUCUUGGGAGGAAUUUGACUGCCAUCUUCUUUCCUAGUAAAUCACAGACGAACUCCAGAUAGUCCUACAGUUAGAUUCUAUGUCAAAUCUGACAUGAGGCUUAACAAGAGCUCUCUGUUCACAGCAGAAAACAAAAGUGACAGUGGUCAUGGAAAUGACACUAGAUGGCAUGCUAAUCUCUAUUGGAAAGCACUACAUUGCAUUUUCAAAUCAACCAUUAACAAAUGUGGGAUGAUUAUUUUCUACAGGAUAUUGAAGUUAUUUACAUACCUUAGUCACAGUGGGCCCAUACUUGCUUGCGUACAUUAGAAUUUACACCAAAAAAAAACGUGCAUCAGACAAUUAUAAUUCUAACGUAGAUGCACGUGAAAAAAACCUACGUUAGAUGUUUCCAUUACAUAACCUGAGAUGCGUGAUUUGAAAGCUUCUUCUAUCGCCAACAUGACUAGCAAAAUUAUUAAAUACAAUCUUACAGUGUUAGGCUUUCACAAGGCAAUUCAGAGAAACAGAUCAUCAUUUUGGUGCGCAUAGAAAGGAGUCAUGAGCGCGUGGCAAACUUAAAACUUUUUUCACAAUAAACAAGCAUAUGCUCAUUCUGUUCAGAACAACCCAGCGUAUGACGUCAUCUUGUAACUGUACCUCAAACAUGAUAAUCAUAAAACGUUGACACUGUAUAUGGCAUGAGUUUUAUGAUUUGGAGAUGUGAAGUGCACAUUUGGACUUGCUUGUAUGACAAAGCAGUAUUUAUUAUAAUCCUCAACAAUUCAUCUUUCAAAAUACAGUGAGGGAAAAAAGUAUUUGAUCUCCUGCUGAUUUUGUACGUUUGCCCACUGACAAAGACAUGAUCAGUCUAUAAUUUUAAUUUUAUUUGAACAGUGAGAGACAGAAUAACAACAAAAAAAUCCAGAAAAACGCAUGUCAAAAAUGUUAUAAAUUGAUUUGCAUUUUAAUGAGGGAAAUAAGUAUUUGACCCCCUCUCAAUCAGAAAGAUUUCUGGCUCCCAGGUGUCUGUUAUACAGGUAACGAGCUGAGAUUAGGAGCACACUCUUAAAGGGAGUGCUCCUAAUCUCAGCUUGUUACCUGUAUAAAAGACACCUGUCCACAGAAGCAAUCAAUCAAUCAGAUUCCAAACUCUCCACCAUGGCCAAGACCAAAGAGCUCUCCAAGGAUGUCAGGGACAAGAUUGUAGACCUACACAAGGCUGGAAUGGACUACAAGACCAUCGCCAAGCAGCUUCGUGAGAAGGUGACAACAGUUGGUGCGAUUAUUCGCAAAUGGAAGAAACACAAAAGAACUGUCAAUCUCCCUCGGCCUGGGGCUCCAUGCAAGAUCUCACCUCGUGGAGUUGCAAUGAUCAUGAGUUGGUGAGGAAUCAGCCCAGAACUACACGGGAGGAUCUGGUCAAUGAUCUCAAGGCAGCUGGGAGCAUAGUCACCAAGAAAACAAUUGGUAACACACUACGCCGUGAAGGACUGAAAUCCUGCCGCGCCCAAAAGGUCCCCCUGCUCAAGAAAGCACAUAUACAUGCCCAUCUGAAGUUUGCCAAUGAACAUCUGACUGAUUCAGAGGAGAACUGGGUGAAAGUGUUGUGGUCAGAUGAGACCAAAAUGGAGCUCUUUGGCAUCAACUCAACUCGCCGUGUUUGGAGGAGGAGGAAUGCUGCCUAUGACCCCAAGAACACCAUCCCCACCGUCAAACAUGGAGGUGGAAACAUUAUGCUUUGGGGGUGUUUUUCUGCUAAGGGGACAGGACAUCUUCACCGCAUCAAAGGGGCGAUGGACGGGGCCAUGUACUGUCAAAUCUUCGGUGAGAACCUCCUUCCCUCAGCCAGGGCAUUGAAAAUGGGUCGUGGAUGGGUAUUCCAGCAUGACAAUGACCCAAAACACACGGCCAAGGCAACAAAGGAGUGGCUCAAAAAGAAGCACAUUAAGGUCCUGGAGUGGCCUAGAGAGUCUCCAGACCUUAAUCCCAUAGGAAAUCUGUGGAGGGAGCUGAAGGUUCGAGUUGCCAAACGUCAGCCUCGAAACCUUAAUGACUUGGACAAGAUCUGCAAAGAGGAGUAGGACAAAAUCCCUCCUGAGAUGUGGGCUAACCUGGUGGCCAACUACAAGAAACGUCUGACCUCUGUGAUUGCCAACAAGGGUUUUCCACCAAGUACUAAGUCAUGUUUUGCAGAGGGGUCAAAUACUUAUUUCCCUCAUUAAAAUGCAAAUCAAUUUAUAACAUUUUUGACAUGCGUUUUUCUGGAUUUUUUUGUUGUUAUUCUGUCUCUCACUGUUCAAAUAAACCUACCAUUAAAAUUAUAGACUGAUAAUUUCUUUGUCAGUGGGCAAACGUACAAAAUCAGCAGGGGAUCAAAUACUUUUUUCCCUCACUGUACAUAGUCAACUUAAUUUACAGCAUUUCCCCUAACUAAAAAAAACAAACAUUUGUUGCCCAAUUACCAGGAGGGAUCGGGCAACUUGUCGCACGCGGUGCUCAAGUUCAGAACGGCUGCCAGUCAAAACCCAUACAGUGCUAUGAAGCACAGAGCCAAAGCUCUGACGUCAUGUAUAGCAUGUUACUGUACAGGCGCUUAUUAGUGCCCAAAUCUGCCAUUUUCAACCCGUAUACGGGUACAAGUGUAAAGGGUUAACACUUUACUGUAUAUCCACCAACCAAUGGUAUUUCUUAAAAUAGGUCAAUUUGGCCACCAGAGGGAUAUUUCAAACUUCCAAAUUCAAGGUUUACUUUUGUUCCACUUGGUCUAUCUCAAGUGCCAAUAUUGCAUGAUGUAUCCUUGACUAAGCUACUAACAUUAAACCAAAUUCAAAAAGGCAUGUUUUCGCAUAUGACAAAAUCCCAAGUUUCUGCUCAUCCAUUUUACACACAUCCAUGUGCUUUUACAGGAAAAAGAUAAAAAGGAGGUCUAUACAACAUUUAAGUUUACCAUACAUCGUUAAAAAACAAACAUUGAAGAGCCUUAUGGACUUGUCAAAUGGCUGUGAUGUACCGUCAUCAUCAUUGGCACACAUCGGCCCGCUAAAGCGGUUGACUAAAACUAUAGUUCACAUUCACUGUGGGGUCGAGCCCCCCUUGCGUCAAAUAUUUUUGUUUAAGGAAAACACUUCACUGCUGGUCCUUGAUGCAUAUAACGUAUGUGACGAAGUGGAUGAUAGCAAUGCAUAUAAAACUUUGUACAUGUACAUUUAUGUAGGCUAACUCACUAAUAUACACUCAGUGGCCAGUUUAUUCACGAAAAUGGUUCACUUCUACAGACAGUGAGUCAGGUGGCAUUGGCUUGCUAUAUAAAGCAGGCAGACAGGCAUCGAGGCAUUCAGUUACUCAUCGAUUGAACGUCAGAAUGGGCAAAACAAGUGACUUAAGAGACUGAGCGCGGUAUGAUCGUCGGGUGCGCCGGUUCCAGUAAAUAACGGCGCAGUACAACAGUGGUGUGCAGAAUGGCAUCUCGGAACGCACAACGUCAGUCCUUGUCACGGACGGACUAUUGCAGCAGACGACCACAUGGGGUUCCACUCCUAUCAGCAAAAAACAAGAAGAAGUGGCUCCAGUGGGUACGCGAUCACCAACACUGGACAAUUGAGGAGUGGAAAAACAUAACCUGGUCUGACGAGUCCCGGUUCCUGUUGCGUCAUGCUGAUGGCAGUCAGGAUUUGGCGUACGCAGCAUGAGUCCAUGGCCCCAUCCUGCCUGGUGUCAACAGUACUGACUGGUGGCGGUGUAAUGGUGUGGGGAAUGGUUUCCUGGCACACGUUAGGUCCCUUGAUACCAAUGGAGCAACAUUUCAACGCCACACCUUGUAGAAUCCAUGCCACGAAGAAUUCAGGCUGUUCUGGAGGCAAAAAGGAAGGUCCGGCCAUGUACUAGAAGGGUGUACCUAAUAAACUGGCUAAUGAGUGUAUGCAAGGGAUAAUCAACGAGGGGCUAUGCGUUCUAUGGAAAAUAAUGCACAACGUGGAAGGUACAGUGGGGAAAAAAAGUAUUUAGUCAGCCACCAAUUGUGCAAGUUCUCCCACUUAAAAAGAUGAGAGAGGCCUGUAAUUUUCAUCAUAGGUACACGUCAACUAUGACGGACAAAAUGAGAAAAAAAAAUCCAGAAAUUCACAUUGUAGGAUUUUUAAUGAAUUUAUUUGCAAAUUAUGGUGGAAAAUAAGUAUUUGGUCAAUAACAAAAGUUUCUCAAUACUUUGGUAUAUACCCUUUGUUGGCAAUGACACAGGUCAAACGUUUUCUGUAAAUCUUCACAAGAUUUUCACACACUGUUGCUGGUAUUUUGGCCCAUUCCUCCAUGCAUAUCUCCUCUAGAGCAGUGAUGUUUUGGGGCUGUCGCUGGGCAACACUGACUUUCAAUUCCCUCCAAAGAUUUUCUAUGGGGUUGAGAUCUGGAGACUGGCUAGGCCACUCCAGGACCUUGAAAUGCUUCUUAUGAAGCCACUCCUUCGUUGCCCGGGCGGUGUGUUUGGGAUCAUUGUCAUGUUGAAAGACCCAGCCACGUUUCAUCUUCAAUGCUCUUGCUGAUGGGAUGGUGUUCUUUGGAUGCAACUCAGCAUUCUUUGUCCUCCAAACACGACGAGUUGAGUUUUUACCAAAAAGUUCUAUUUUGGUUUCAUCUGACCAUAUGACAUUCUCCCAAUCCUCUUCUGGAUCAUCCAAAUGCACUCUAGCAAACUUCAGACGGGCCUGGACAUGUACUGGCUUAAGCAGGGGGACAUGUCUUGCACUGCAGGAUUUGAGUCCCUGGCGGCGUAGUGUGUUACUGAUGGUAGGCUUUGUUACUUUGGUCCCAGCUCUCUGCAGGUCAUUCACUAGGUCCCCCCGUGUGGUUCUGGGAUUUUUGCUCACCAUUCUUGUGAUCAUUUUGACCCCACGGGGUGAGAUCUUGCGUGGAGCCCCAGAUCGAGGGAGAUUAUCAGUGGUCUUGUAUGUCUUCCAUUUCCUAACAAUUGCUCCCACAGUUGAUUUCUUCAAACCAAGCUGCUUACCUAUUGCAGAUUCAGUCUUCCCAGCCUGGUGCAGGUCUACAAUUUUGUUUCUGGUGUCCUUUGACAGCUCUUUCGUCUUGGCCAUAGUGGAGUUUGGAGUGUGACUGUUUGAGGGUUGUGGACAGGUGUCUUUUAUACUGAUAACAAGUUCAAACAGGUGCCAUUAAUACAGGUAACGAGCGGAGGACAAGAGGAGCCUCUUAAAGAAGAAGUUACAGGUCUGUGAGAGCCAGAAAUCUUGCUUGUUUGUAGGUGACCAAAUACUUAUUUUCCACCAUAAUUUGCAAAUAAAUUCAUUAAAAAUUCUACAAUGUGAUUUUCUGGAGAAAAAAAAUCUCAAUUUGUCUGUCAUAGUUGAUGUGUACCUAUGAUGAAAAUUACAGGCCUCUCUCAUCUUUUUAAGUGGGAGAACUUGCACAAUUGGUGGCUGACUAAAUACUUUUUUCCCCCACUGUAUAUGUGCUUUCUUGAGCAGGGGGACCUUGCGGGCGCUGCAGGAUUUCAGUCCUUCACGGCGUAGUGUGUUACCAAUUGUUUUCUUGGUGACUAUGGUCCCAGCUGCCUUGAGAUAAUUGACAAGAUCCUCCCGUGUAGUUCUGGGCUGAUUCCUCACCGUUCUCAUGAUCAUUGCAACUCCACAAGGUGAGAUCUUGCAUGGAGGCCGAGGGAGAUUGACAGUUCUUUUGUGUUUCUUCCAUUUGCGAAUAAUGGCACCAAAUGUUGUCACCUUCUCACCAAGCUGCUUGGCGAUGGUCUUGUAGCCCAUUCCAGCCUUGUGUAGGUCUACAAUCUUGUCCCUGACAUCCUUGGAGAGCUCUUUGGUCUUGGCCAUGGUGGAGAGUUUGGAAUCUGAUUGAUUGAUUGCUUCUGUGGACAGGUGUCUUUUAUACAGGUAAUAAACUGAGAUUAGGAGCACUCCCUUUAAGAGUGUGCUCCUAAUCUCAGCUCGUUACCUGUAUAAAAGACACCUGGGAGCCAGAAAUCUUUCUGAUUGAGAGGGGGUCAAAUACUUAUUUCCCUCAUUAAAAUGCAAAUCAAUUUCUAACAUUUUUGACAUGCGUUUUUCUGGAUUUUGUUGUUGUUAUUCUGUCUCUCACUGUUCAAAUAAACCUACCAUUAAAAUUAUAGACUGAUCAUUUCUUUGUCAGUGGGCAAACAUACAAAAUCAGCAGGGGAUCAAAUACUUUUUUCCCUCACUAUAUGUCAACUAUUUUAAUUGGCUGAUGCACAGUUUGAGACAGAAAAAAAGUUUUAACUUACAACUUUUUCUAAUGUUCAGAAGUAUGGACCCAGUGGGUUUUACAAGUAGGGAGAACAGUUACUGGGAUGGAAAAUUCCCUUUGCAUUGACCAGGUGUGUGUUUGCGUGUGAGAGGGGUUGUAGACUUUUCCAUUAGAUUCAAAGUAACUCCAAUCCUGCUGUGCCAGCAGACUACUCUCAAGAUCACCAGUGUGCAAAUAUAAAAAAUUCAUAAAGAGUAUGAGUCUAAUUAAGCGUAUAUCUGCUGCAUGUUAAACUGCUGGAACAGUAGGUACAGUAUCUAGCCCUAUUUUUCAUCAUAUUCCCUUAUUUUCUCCCCAGACAUGAGGGAGACAAAGCAAUGAGGUGCAACCAGAAAGACCAAAGCUAUCCAUGGAUUUGAGGAACCAGACAGAGGUGGUGGCCCUCUCCCACCCGCUCUUCCCUACUGUACCGUUGACGUCAGCUACCGCUUCACCUUCUACCAGGAGUCCUACAGCGUCAUCUUCCUGCUGGGGUUGGCCACCAACGGGCUGGCCCUGCGCAGACUGUGGCUCUCCCCCUGCACCCUCACCAGCACCGCCAUCUACAUGGCCAACCUAUCUGCUGCAGACCUGUUCUUCGUGUUGUCCCUGCCCCUGGGGAUCUACUACUACCACAAGGCCCAGGCCCACUCCCAGGCACUGCCUACCCCCUGGACCCCUGGAGAGAUGUUCUGUCAGCUGACCUUCACCCUUAAGUAGCCUGUAUGGAGGGAUCUUCUUUCUGGUCUGUGUCGCUGUUGACAGCUACGUUGCUGUGGUGCACCCUCUGGUGGUGCCCCCUCGCAGGCUGUGUGCGGCGCAGCUGCUGAGCGGAGGGAUCUCUGUGGUGGUGCUGGGGCGCAGCGUGGCCCUGCCUCUGCUGCGCUCCGCCGCGGCACACUGCCCUGCCUUCUAG